CGCUGCGCAGCGGCCGGGCCGGCGCGGCCAUGGGGAAGGUGCAGCUCUUCGAGAUCCGCCUGGGCGACAGCCGCGUCGUCUACAGCCCCGGCGAGCCGCUGGCCGGCACCGUCACCGUGCGGCUCUCGGGCUCGCUGCAGUACCGAGCCAUCAAGGUGAGCUGCAUUGGAUCCUGUGGGGUGUCCARCAAGAUCAACGACACAGCAUGGACUGUGGAGGAGCAGUACUUCAACAGCACGCUGUCCCUGGCAGACAAAGGGGUCCUGACAGCUGGAGAGCACAACUUUCCCUUCCAGUUCCUGCUGCCAGCUUCUGCUCCCACAUCAUUUGAAGGCCCUUUUGGCAAGGUCCUGCAUCAGGUGAAAGCUGUGAUAGACACACCUCGCUUCUCCAAGGACUACAAAUGCAACAAGAUCUUCUAUGUUCUCUGCCCUCUCAAUUUGAACGACAUCCCUGACAUCGAGCAACCCAACACUAUGUCCAUCACCAAGAAGUUCAACUACAAGCUGGUGAAAAGUGGCAACAUCAUCCUGACAGCCACGUCUGAUCUGAAGGGCUACAUCGUGGGCCAGGCCAUCCAGCUCCGCACGGACAUCGAGAACAAGUCCGGCCGCGACACCGGCGCUGUGGUGGCCAGUCUGCUCCAGAAAGUGGCCUACAAGUCCAAGCGCUGGAUUUACGACCUGAGGACCAUCGCAGAGGUGGAAGGCUCCGGGGUGAAAGCCUGGAAACAUGCAGAAUGGAAGGAGCAGAUCCUGGUUCCAGCACUGCCCCAGUCCAUCCUGCAGGGCUGCAGCCUCAUCCACAUUGACUACUACAUCCAGGUUUCCCUCAAGUCCCCUGAGGUUUCAGUCACUCUCCCCAUCUACAUUGGGAACAUUGCUGUGAACAGGGUCCCRCUGAGCCCCUCCCGCUCCAUCCAGCACAUCCCAUCUGUGGUGGUCCCCAGUGCUCCCCCRGAGGAAGAGGAGGCUGCCAGUGGCUAUCACCCCAUGGACAAUGUCUCCAUCCCCACCAAAAGCCAUUCCCAGCAGCAGCCCUUCAGCUAYGCCCCAGGACUGAGCUUCCAGGAGAUCCGGGCGGACUCAGAGCAGACGGGCUCCCCAAACCACCCCACGCUCUGCCUGUCCACAGGAGCCACUGUCCCCUACUACGCUGAGGGGAAUGUGGUGCCUGUCCCCACAGCCAGCUCGCUCAUCCUGCCCCCAGAGUACAGCACGUGGGGCUAUCCCUACGAAGCACCUCCAUCCUACGAGCAGAGCUGCAGCAGUGCCAACUCCAGCGUCAGCAAUGGCAACUAGCCCUGCCCUGCUCCGAGCCCCGCCGGCGCUGCCCGCCCUGGCACCACGGGGCACCCGCCUGUGGCAAAGUCUGGUACAGCACAAGGCGUCUUCUUGUCUCUCUGGCUGCUUUGGGGGGGAACCGGCACAUCCCGGCCUGGGCUUUUUGAAUCUCUUUCUAGGGAGGGGGUAAAAAACCAAAAAGGGCAGCCAGAGCAGUCUGCAUGCGUGUAGGAGAGGUCUGGGGAGCUGAAGUGUCUCCUGCUGCUGCACCAAGUGCUGGAGGGCUGGCUUUGCCCCCGGGUGCCCCGGGCAGCAGCCRCUCCCAGUGCUGCAGCCAACACUAACUGCUUUACUAUCCAAGCACCUGCGAUGCCUUAUCUGAAACGCUCCUGACUCGCACGGCUCUGCUGUCACUCAGGGCUGGCCUGCGUGGACUUUCUCUCCUCUUUUAGGGGUCAUGUGCUCUCUACCAAUGGCUUUGACAGCCCUUCCUCCUUGUCCUCAGAGGUCCUAAGGGCAGCAGGAGGUUUCUUGGAGUGAGCAGGUUGGGAAGGUCAGGGACUUUUAAAAAGCCAAAAGCACAAGCCCUUGCUGUACCUGAGCUGUGGGGGGAGUGGCUGGCAGUGUGAGUGUGGCAUGGGGGGCUUGUGGGGGCACYUGCUGAUCAGCCCUGGUGAGCUGUGGGUCAGAGCCUGCUGCUCCAUGGAGUGCCCUUUCCCAGCACGGGUGGCUUUUCUCUGCAGAGCCCUGUGAGACACAGCCCAGGGUGACAGCAGCGGUCACUCUGCCAGCCAGGGCACCACAUCCAUGUCCCAUCCCCUGCCCUGCAGGGAGCCCUGUCCUCCCAGACCACAGCUCCAUGACCAUCAAUCACAAAACUCUGUCUGUGCUACCUCUGAGUCUACCCAGGGGCCCUGCCUGUGGGAUCCCUUCCCCUGGGACUGCCCUUGGUGGGCUCAGCCUGGGCUGUCCCCAGGAGGGGCUGUCACUGCCAAGGCAGCACCCCAGCGUGCUGGGCAUGGGSCUGUUGUGCCCUGGUGGGCUGGGUGUCCCCUGAGCCUCAGCAGAAUGUGACAGUGAACACAAAGUGUGUGGGAACACAAACAGCUGCGCCUCGCUCGCAGCCCCCGCUGCGCCAGGCGGGGGAACAAGCUGGGAUUCCUUGCAAUUUUUCUUUUGUGCUUUUUUCCCUCCUGCUUGUUUAGCAUUGACUGCCCAAGGUGAGGAAACCACAAGCCACAUCCUCCAGAGCCACAGGCACCCAGCCAGGCUGGAAUUGUGGCCUCCAGACCUUUGAGUUGGUCCCCACAUGGCCUCGGGCUCGGCGGGCAGUAUCUGACAGACCUUUAGGRGCAUUUCCAGCCGCUGCCUCCUCGCUCAGCCACCUCUGCACACCCCUCAGGCAGCUGGGACAGGCCCUGCUUUGCACUCUUUCUUUGCAAAUGCUUUUUUUUUUUUUAUUUUGUUUUUAUUUUUUUUUAAAGCAUUGAACUGCUUUAAGGGUAGCGUAGCGAAGGUGCCGUUCCGAGCAGUGCUGGCACAACAUGCACCGAUGCUGAUAGAGUGAUUGUCAUUGUCCCUGACUAUAUAUAAAUAUAUAUAUAUAUGAGAUGAAGUUUUGUUUUUAAUGAUUGAAUUCAGAAAUACAAAUUUUAAUGCUGUAUUUAAUAAAUUAUUCUAAGAGAAAUGCCGUGCUUUUUCAUCCAUUUCUGAUUCUGAUCCAUAUUCAUGCCAAAUCCAGGAAUGCACCUUUGCUGAUUUCUUAAAAGUGAAGUGAGGUUUUUUGCUCUCACCAGGAAGGGUGGUGAACUCUGCUGAGGCAGCUCAAGGGAAACCAACAUGACAUGGCUUGACCACAGUGCCAGGCUCAUAAUUCCACCUGGCUGGAGGGA